CUUUGAAUAAAGAGACUGAGCAGUAAUUAAACCAUCUAUAAAUUAAAAUUGUGUACGUGAUACAGAUCACCUUGAUAAAACUUGAAUGCUGUUGUUGCCACAAUGGAUGAACUCAAUCUUACAUCUGCCAUUAAAGAAUACGAAGCGUUAGUCAGUUUCAAUCGGAUACCUGAUUAUACUGUGGAGAGUCAAACUCCAACCAAAGCAUCAGGCGAAAUUGCAAAGAACAAACAUUGUGUGGCGUUAAUUAUAUCGAACACUAGCAGUGCCAGAAAUGUAGGGAAGUUUGGAACAACCAUUACUGAGCAUUGGAUGUUGUUUCCAGAGGAAAUUGAACGUGCGGUUGAAAGUACUGUGCAAUCAGUUUGCGAUACAGAGUAUGUUGUCACCGUUGAGUUGUGUUCCUUUAAAGACCUUCAAGCAACUGUCGAAAUAAAAUCAGUGGACGUUAUGGAAAAGUUAAUGGCAUCGGUGAGGGACAACACAACGAAUAUAAACCAGGAGUUAAAGAAAGUUGGUUACGAAGCUGAAGUUAAAGUUCAAAUUUUAGACAAAUAAUAAAAAUAAGCAGAACCCGAAAAUGUACAAAAUAAUAUUAUAUUGUUAUAUUGUGGUACUGGGGGGUAAAAUGGGACACCUUUAGCACAGAAUAUGCAAAUACAGUAUCCUGAUUGUGUUUGAAACAUUUAACAACGCUAGUCAUUUAGCAAGCACUUUUUUUACCGGUUUAAUAUUUCGUGUCAUUCGUGUUAUAAUAAUAAAUACAAUGAUUCGGCAUAGUGUCGAAAUACACGG